AAAUAGAACUAUAUAAGUUGCAUUCCUGUGCCAUUUUUACAGUUAGUCGAGCAAACGGCGGUUGUGCUAAUCAAAUAAGAGCUCACUUGACCUGUACUCAACAAAAACAACAACAACAGCAGCAGCAACAAUAGUAAAAACAACAGCAAAAGCCAAAGACCGCAGCAAUUGUGAUAAAGCUGAAAUAUGCUACAUCCCAAGGGAUUAUGUCUGCCUCUGCUGGUGCUCGUCUGCUUAAUUGCGCAGUCCAGCAGCUUGGGUUUUCGAAACGGCCGUCAUAUGAAUGGCUUUUUGGGACAACCAAGUUCAAUGCCCACCUUGCAGCGAUCUUUAAGUGUGGAGGAUUUGUGGUUCGAGCAGCGCUUGAAUCACUUCAAGCCAGACGACACGCGCACAUGGCAACAGCGUUACUUUGUGAACGAUGCCUUCUACAGGAAUGACAGUCAGGCUCCAGUGUUCCUGAUGAUUGGCGGCGAAGGGGAGGCCACGAAGAACUGGAUGCGUGAAGGUGCUUGGAUCCACUAUGCCGAGCACUUCGGCGCGCUGUGCAUUCAGCUGGAGCAUCGUUUCUAUGGCAAGAGCCAUCCAACUAGUGAUCUGUCCAACAGCAACUUGGCUUACCUCAGCUCGGAGCAAGCGCUGGCCGACUUGGCCAACUUUGUAUCAGCCAUGAAGCGCCAAUACAACAUGGCCGACUCUCAGAAAUGGAUUGCAUUCGGUGGCUCUUAUCCCGGUUCACUGGCUGCUUGGGCACGCGAGAAGUAUCCUCAUUUGAUUGAUGGCGCCAUUAGCUCCAGUGGUCCACUGCUGGCCCAAGUGGAUUUCUCCCAAUACUUUGAAGUAGUAAAGGCAUCGCUGGCCAGCUACAAGCCGGAGUGUGUGGAGGCUGUGUCGCGUGGCUUCGCACAGGUGGAGAUUCUGCUGAAGCACAUGAUAGGACAGCGCAAUCUGGAUGAGAAAUUCAAAACGUGCACGCCCCUCAAAGACUCGAUUGAGAAUAAAUUAGACAUUGCGAAUCUAUUUGAAAACAUUGCUAGCAAUUUCGCUGGCGUGGUGCAGUACAACAAGGACAAUAGCCCGCAUGCCAAGAUAACCAUCGAUCAGGUCUGCGAUGUAAUGCUGAACACGACUAUGGGACCGCCAGUCACUCGUUUGGGCGCUGUUAACGAUCUGCUACUGAAGCAAUCGAAGACCAAUUGCUUGGACUACAAGUACGACAAGAUGAUAGCCGAAAUGAAGAACGUGUCGUGGGACUCUGAGGUGGCCAAAGGUAUGCGCCAAUGGACGUACCAGACCUGCACCGAGUUUGGCUUCUAUCAGACCUCUGAGAACAAGUCGGACACUUUCGGUGAUCGCUUUGGCAUCGACUUUUUCAUACGCCAGUGCAUGGACAUCUUCUCGGAUCGCAUGAAUGACAAGUUUCUGGAACAGGCUGUGGCCCAGACGAACAAGUACUACGGCGCACUUAAGCCAGGGACAACAAAUGUGCUUUACGUGCACGGCUCCAUCGAUCCAUGGCAUGCACUCGGCCUCUACGUCUCCACCAAUUCAAACACGCCCGCAAUCUACAUCGAAGGCACCGCACAUUGCGCCAACAUGUACGAGCCGGCCAAUUGCGAUCCGCCGCAGCUGAAGGAGGCCCGCAAUAAGAUACUUAAAUAUUUGGCCAAACUAUUGGACGGCUAUGCCAGCUUUGCUAGCUUCACCUGAAAUCAGAGCAGCCAGAUAUCAAUUGUGCGAACAAAAUAAAAGCAAAAGCAAUAAAUAUACCACUAAUACACUUACACAUGGCGCAUGUGUCAUGAAAUUUGA